AUAGAGUCCGACACGUAGCUUCAUAAGAUCCGUAACCGACCCGACCCGAUUUGGGUUUUCAAUUUUCGUUUCAGAGAUUCAAAAAUCAAACAAUGCAAAUUGCAAACCCUAAAAAUCGAAUUUCCUUUCCUUGGUAGUUUCUUCCACAGAAUUCGCAUCAAAGGGCUUCUUCAAUCGUGCAGAAAUUCGUACACGGAAUCGAAUGGGGAACCGAAAAGAGCGUCGUCGUGCCGCUCAUUCCAACGCUGGUCGCAGAGUCAAACUCGAUCUUUUCGCGGAACCCUCAGGAGAGUUGGGUGGCUCCCCUAUACACGGUGAUGCCGGAGGAGAUGCCAAUUCACAACAGCAUGAUGGGUUACCCAAUUCACCCUCUUCUUCAGGUGGGUUCUGUCAGCUUUCCUCAAAAGGACUAUAUUUAGAGGACAUGAGUGCUCAACAUUAAAUUGGUGGAAAUAUGGAUGAACUAUAUAUACGAGACAUAUUUUGUUCUGUUGUUUGCCCCAAGAAAUUGUUCUCUGACUGUAGGGCUGCUGAGGUCUUUGGGAACAUUCAUUUCAGAUGAGGUCGACCCUGCCACAUUGAAAUAUGAAUGACUCCCAAUCAUUUUCCCUCCUUUUUGGCAGCUUCAAGGGAUUUCCGAGGUUCAGGCGGUAGAAAGUUUUAUUGGUCAACAAUCACAAAAUCCCCUCUUGUUACUUGGGCAAUAUAGUGAUGAUGAAGCUGACGAGAGAUCAAACAAAGGGCCUAAUGAUACGAAGGUGCAUAGCCAUGAAGAGGCGAACGGUGCACUUGAUGAAGGAUCUGAAGACCCGAACAUCAGCGUCCCUGUAGAUUCUGUUGCUCAGAAUAAUGGACAUCAGGAUACAAUGCAAAAUUUAACCUCGAUGGAUGUUGAAUAUAGUGAAAAAACUGAAAGUGACGUUGCUCUUGGUAAUUUGCAAAAUGAAAUUGUUUCCAAAGAUCAAACGGAUGCUUCGGAAAAUUUUGAUGAACGGGAUGGAAAUGAUACAAGUUCAGGAUGGAAGAUGGUGUUGCAUGAAGAAAGCCAACAUUAUUACUACUGGAAUGUUCUAACUGGGGAGACAUCGUGGGAAGUGCCUCAGGUUUUGGCUCAAGCUGAUCAUUUGACUAAUGAUCCUUUACCUCCUGCUUCUGUCAAUGACAAAACUGACAAUGUUACAGUUGGUGUGGACAACUCCAACAUGCUCUCAGCUGCAAUGCUGGGUACCUCUGCUGCUUUCACAGUUGAUGAAACUGUGGAAACCUCGGUGAUUUCUCAUAAAGAUUUGCAUGACCAUGGGUCCCAAAUGAAUGGAUGUAGCGAGGAAUGUACAAAUGAAAAUAAGGGUUCUAAUAUCCAUGGAGAUGAUUUGAUAAGAAAUGAUGAUCUCAUGAGUUUAUCUUAUGGUGGAGAUCAUUCAAUAGGUGUUGAAGAACAGCAAGUUGAAAUUGACUUUCCUUCUCGUCUUGUCCAACAGACUGAGAGUUUGUUAGAGAUGCUGAAAUCACUGGAAAAGUCAAAGGGAAAUCUGCAAGGUCAGGAUUCCUUGUCAAAGUAUAUGCUAGAGCUUGAGAUUAGACUUUCUGAUUUUAGGUCGCUUUCAUCCUAUGGAUCAUCUUUGCUUCCGUUCUGGGUGCACUCUGACAGAAAGAUUAAAGUGCUUGAAUGUUUAAUCAAUGUUGAAUUGUUGCAAACUGACAAAUCAGAACAUGCUGAAGUUGAGGAUAAACCUGUACCUGUCGCUGAAGAAUUUGGGGAGCAACCGAAUGGUGUUGGCCAGGAGUCUGAAGUAGACCACAAUGAAAAGAAAGGGAGCUUUCUUACUUCUGAAGUUUCUAUUGGAUCUCAGACUGACGCUUCAGUUGAAGCUUUAAAGGAUGUGAGCGAUAAAUUUUCCUCUGAUGCUCAGCGCAUUCCAUUGUCUAUUUCUACUGGCAGUCAUGCGGAAACAAGUCUCGAAGUCAGCACACAAAUUGAAGCCACCAUAAAUCCGGAGGAGUCAACCCAUGAAAAUGUGUGUAACAUUGGGGAAGAUGUUGAUAUGGAUGUUGACAUGGAAGUUGAAGAUAUGAAUUCCUCAGAAAAUACUGUCUUGGAUGCAUCAGUUGCAAAUGAUUAUGUGCAAACAGACCAACCAUUUCAGUCAAAUCCACAAAUUGAAUACCAUUCUUUGUUGCCCGAGGAUGCAUUUGCUGUGCCUCCUCCUCCUGAUGAUGAAUGGAUCCCUCCACCACCCCCAGAUAAUGAGCAUAUGCCUCCACCACCACCGCCUGACGAUGAUCAAAUGCCCCCUCUUCCACCCGGUGAUCCACUUGCAACUUGCUAUCAUGUUAUCCCAUCUUACACAGAAACAGGCCAAUCCCUUUCUUAUGCUCAAUAUAAUCCAUCUUAUCUUGGCGCUAGCUCUGAGUAUUAUGGUCAGACAGCUGCUGAAGUUCCAACUAGCAACAUAUAUGGACAAAUUGCUAUGCAACCUGCACAGCUCUACUAUAGUGCAGUUCCUAACAUAUAUAGUGAAAAUCCUCAAGUUAUGAUCAAUCCGACUGACCCCGUUACUUAUUAUGAGGCUCAAGAUGGAGCUGGUUUGAAACCCAUACCGGAUAUCAAUAUUAGUGAUUCUGGUGGUGUUAGUGGGGCUGAUAGUGUCUCUAGUGAUAUUCCGUCCACCUCAGCUGCCAUCCACGAUCCUGCAACUGUUUCAGUUGAUGCGAGUGUUUCAUUGGCACCAGCUACCACUGAAGUUAAUGCAGACAAGACCACCUCAUCAUUAGCUGCUAAAGCACAAACUAAAGUUGUUCGUAGUAGAAAACGGGCAGUUGCAGUUGGAUCCUCAUUGAAGUCUAAUAAGAAGGUUUCAAGUCUGGUGGACAAGUGGAAGGCAGCUAAAGAGGAAUUGCUUGAAGAAGAAGAAGAACCUGAGAGUGUGUAUGAUGCCUUAGAAAGAAAGCGCCAAAGAGAAAUAGAGGAGUGGCGUGCAAAGCAAAUUGCAAGUGGAGAGGCCAAAGACAAUGCUAAUUUUCAACCUUUGGGUGGUGAUUGGCGGGAGAAGGUCAGGCGCAAGAGGGCAAAAGCAGCAAAGGAAACUGUUGGCAAAGUCGAAGUUGCAAGUGAGAGUAGUAAGCAACAGAAGCCAGAUAUUGUUGAACUUGCCAAGGGUCUCCCAUCUAAUUGGCAGGCUUAUUGGGAUGAAGCCUCAAAGAAGGUUUAUUAUGGUAAUGUUGUCACAUCAGAGACGACAUGGACCCGGCCAACGAGAUGAGAUGAGCACUGAAAUAUAUAACACUACCGCAUCGUAGAAGACAUGUACCCGACCAAUGAGAUAGGCAAUAUAUAUGUUUGGAAUGGCUAACAUGGGUUUUACUGCUUAGAAUAUUUGCUUCUCUUAUUUGUUUGUAUUUUUCGAUAGUUACUGUGCAUUUUUUUAGAAGCACCGGGGUGAACAUUGUUAUUCUUGAGCAGUUCUUUGCUGCAAACCAAAAGAAAUGAAGGUAAUAUGAAGUCGUUUUUAAUGCAAA